AUUUAAAGGAAACGGCUCACACAGAUUUUUAUUAAUUAAGACACUCUUACAAGUUACAACCUUCUUCUCUCUGUUUCAAUCCCCCCCAGUUGUCGCUUUCCUCUCUUAUCAAAGACCCAAUUCAAACUUCAUUGAAUCUGAGACAGAUAGGCAAAACACACAAAACCAGAGUUCUCCAACCCCUUCAAAUAAUCCAGCUCUUCUUCAAUUUCAAUUUCAAUUUUUCCGGUUCCUUUACCCAAUUCCGGUCUGAAAAAGUUUGAAACUUUCUAACAAGACGAAGGCGAGUUCUUGUUUCUCUGUUUGAUUAUUUCUCCGUCACGAAAUCUUCUUCUCGGGGGAGGUUUGCGAUGAAUCUAGAAACAAUCAGUUUCCAUUUACAGAUGCAUAGCGUUCACCUGACAGCGCUCUGAGAUUUGUCUUUUUGCAUCUUUUGGGAAUCUUCUUUUGUUUGUUUCUCAGAUCCAUUGACUUGAUCCACACACAAAAAAAGUUUACAUUUUUUUCCAUAAAGAUUUAGUGUAAAAUUCUAGGCAAAGCGAUGAGAGGCUUCUUCAUCGUCUUCUUAACAACAUGUCUAACUCUCUUCCCUCAUCCUCUACACGGCGGUGUACCCUACACCGGCAGCAUCACACCAGGCUUCGAAGGAACUCAGAUGAACUACAUCAACAACAACGGCAUCUUCCUCGAAUCCAACAGCUCAGCCUUCGGCUUCGGCUUCGUAACCACUCCAGCUUCCGUCACUCUCUUCACACUCAGCAUCGUCCACAAACCCACCUCGAGACUCAUCUGGUCGGCGAACAGAGCUUCCCCUGUUUCGAACUCCGACAAGCUCCAGUUCCAAGACAACGGAACCGUCGUGCUCCGUACAGAAGGAGGAUCCGAGGUUUGGAGAUUGGACGAUGCAAACAAAAACGCUUCGAGAAUGGAGCUUCGCGACUCGGGGAACCUCGUGGUUGUCUCCGGCGACGGAGCUUCGAUCUGGGAGAGCUUUGAUCAUCCUACGGAUACUCUGAUCACAAACCAGGCUUUUAAAGAAGGGAUGAAACUCACAAGCAACCCGUCUUCGAGCAACAUGAGUUACUCUCUCGAGAUUAAAUCGGGAGAUAUGGUUUUAUCCGUUGACAGCUCGACACCUCAAACGUACUGGUCCAUGGGGAACGACAGAGGGAGGAUCAUCGAACAAAACGGCGUCGUGACUUCUUCCUCUCUCCUCGGGAACUCGUGGAGGUUCUUUGAUGAGAAACAGUCUUUGUUAUGGCAGUUUGUUUAUUCGGAUAAUAAAGACGAUAACGCCACGUGGAUCGCGGUUUUAGGAAACAACGGCGUGAUCUCGUUCUCGAAUCUCGGGAGCGGUGUCUCUGCUGCUGAUUCCUCGACCAAAAUCCCGAGCGAUCAGUGUGCGACGCCUGAGCCUUGCGGGUCUUACUUCACAUGCUCUGGUAGUAAAGUGUGUGGAUGUGUUUCCGGUUUAUCAAGAGUUCGGUCUGAUUGCAAAUCCGGGAUCGAUACUUCUCUUUGUAAUAAUAAGAAAGACAAUAACGCAUCUUCCCGUGUGGAGCUUGUAAAUGCUGGAGACGGUGUUGACUACUUCGCGCUCGGGUUUGCUUCUCCGUUCUCUAAGAAAGCUAGUCUCGAUAGCUGUAAAGAGUUCUGCAGCAGCAACUGCUCGUGCCUCGGUUUGUUCUUUCGGAACAGUUCUGGUGACUGCUUCUUGUUUGAUUGGAUUGGGAGUUUUAAAGCCUCUGGAAGUGGAGGUUCUGGUUUGGUUUCUUACAUCAAGGUGGCUACUAAUGGUUUAGGAGGUGGAGACAACGGAGAAGAAGAAGAUGGGAAACACUUUCCUUAUAUAGUGAUUAUAGUCUUGGCGACGGUUUUCAUCAUCGGUUGUUUGAUCUUCGUGGCGUUUCGGAUUCAUAGGAGAACGAGGACGAAAACUAUUCUGGACGCUGAUGAGGAGCAUAGCUCAGAGGAGGAUAACUUCUUGGAGAAUCUAUCGGGGAUGCCUAUUAGGUUUACGUUUAAAGAUCUUCAGUCAGCGACGAAUAACUUCUCUAUCAAGUUAGGUCAAGGAGGGUUUGGUUCGGUCUACGAAGGGACGUUACCUGAUGGUUCGCGUUUAGCGGUGAAGAAGCUUGAAGGAAUAGGUCAAGGGAAGAAAGAGUUUCGAGCCGAGGUUAGUAUCAUCGGAAGCAUUCAUCAUCUGCAUCUGGUGCGGCUUAGGGGGUUCUGCGCGGAAGGAGCUCAUAGGCUUCUCGUUUAUGAGUUCUUAGCGAAAGGUUCGUUGGAGAAAUGGAUAUUCAGGAGAAGAGAUGGAGAUAUUCUGUUGGAUUGGGACACAAGGUUCAACAUCGCGGUCGGAACAGCGAAAGGGUUAGCUUAUCUACACGAAGAUUGCGACGCAAGAAUCAUCCAUUGCGAUAUUAAACCUGAGAACAUUCUCUUGGAUGAUAACUUCAACGCCAAGGUAUCUGAUUUCGGACUAGCUAAGCUCAUGACUAGAGAGCAGAGCCAUGUUUUCACGACUAUGCGUGGGACUAGAGGCUAUUUGGCACCUGAGUGGAUCACAAACUACGCGAUCUCGGAGAAGAGCGAUGUCUACAGCUACGGGAUGGUGUUGCUAGAGCUGAUAGGAGGAAGAAAGAACUAUGAUCCAUCAGAGUCCUCGGAGAAGUGCCACUUUCCUUCUUAUGCUUUUAAGAUGAUGGAAGAAGGGAAGCUUUUGGAGAUUGUUGAUGGGAAGAUGAAGAACGUUGACGUGGACGAUGAGAGAGUUCAGAGAGCGAUGAAGACUGCGCUUUGGUGUAUACAAGAAGAUAUGCAUUUGAGACCGUCGAUGAGCAAAGUUGUUCAGAUGCUUGAAGGAGUUUUUCACGUGGUUCAGCCUCCGUCUUCUUCUACUUUGGGGUCGAGGCUUUACUCGAGCUUCUGUAAGUCGAUUAGUGAGGAAGGUGGUGGUACCUCGUCUGGACCGUCGGAUUGUAAUAGUGAGAACUAUCUGUCGGCCGUGAGACUCUCCGGUCCGAGAUAGCCCAGUUUUUAGUGUCUUCUUCUUAUAGGUUUUUAGAUGACAUUACAACCAUGUAUUUGUAUGUAUAUUGUUGUUCUGUUUAAAACAUUAGUGUUCUAUCUCUCAGUUUCAGUUUUGUAAUGUUCCGACUUGUAUACAUAGAUUAAAAUGUACUACUCAUCGAUUUUCUACUGAUAAUAGUAGAUACUUUUUGUAAUUUUA